CAAUCAUUUCCCGCCAAUGAUCAGGAGGUGUCCGCAACGGCGCUUCCUCACCUCACACCCCCCGUCAGCCACACGCAGCGCGACACACACACACACACACACACCGGGAGGAGCCGUCUACCCUUCCGUCACCCAUACCCGCCCCUGAGGACGGUGCGUCGUUGGCGGCGUCAAUAUUAUUUAUUAUUCCCGUUAGUCUCGGUAUUUAGCGCCGCAGCUGCUCACGGUGAUCGUUAAAACGGACGCGUCUCGUUGUUUUGUGGCGCGUGUUUUUUCUUGUAACGGGGAUUAUUGAGGCGGCAUCAGCGCGCGGUGAUGCUCUCCGUUAAAGGAUCUUGAAGCGUCGCGAGUCUAAAGGACCACUGCCGUGGAUGGUUGGGCGUAAGUGCGUGUUUGUUUUGCUCUGAUGGCGAACAUGAGCAGUAGUGUGUGCAUGGAGACCCCACACGCUCAUGGCCACGCCCACGGCCACACCCACAACUACAACCCCACCCCUGGGCGGGACUUUCCUCUACAGAUCGACUCGUGUGUGAACCCCGUGUUGGACUACAGCACGCAGAUGGAGCGAUACCGCUCUUUUGCCACCUUCUAUAAGAACAGCACGGCCACCGCGACCCCGUUUCCCCAGACCGCCAAAAUCACGCGAAUUGCCACGCCCCUUUUCCCCUCGGCCCGCCUAUCGGCGAUGCCGCCUUGGCCCUGCGACAACGCCAUGCUAUGGGGGCGAAAGCCUGCGACAGUCAACGUUAACGGACCUCACACACAUCGGACUGGAAUGUCGAGGGCGGAGCCUGUGAACAUGCACAUGUCUGGCAAACACAUUCCACAAGACUCCGCCCUCUCGAUGGGCGCUGACAACUUCCUGUCACCGCUGGCCGCGGAGCAAUGCCGCGGUCUUCCCGUAACGGGGGCUGAUUGCAUGAACCGACUGAAGUGUCCACCGUCUGUGCCGCCCGGAGAGGCGGACCGAGGCGGGACGUUCGGAGGGAUGCCCCCAUUGGGGGGUCUGUCGCUCCCACCAGGGGUCAUCGUCAUGACGACGCUUCACUCUGGUGCAGGGUCGUCGGGGGUCACGAUGUCAGACAGCGCGUUUCAGAUCGCCAACGCGGCGGCGGACUGCCAGCACAGUGGCUCGUCUUGCUCUGGUUCGCCCGCCGGCCUUAACGGAAACGGCAACGGGAGUUGCAGCAGCGCUAGCAGCAACGGUAGCGGAGCGGCUAAGCGCAAACGUAAACGCUGCGGCGUCUGCGCCCCCUGCAGGAGGCUCAUUAACUGCGGCGUAUGCAGCUCCUGUCGAAACAGAAAGACGGGUCAUCAGAUCUGCAAGUUCAGAAAGUGCGAAGAACUCAAGAAGAAACCGGGCAGCACGAUGGAGAGAGCACCGUCAGUAGGAGCCGCCGACACUUUCCGCUGGUUCUUCUGAAGAACCCGCCACCGAUCCACAUCAUACAACCGGACUCAAACACUAGAAGAACUGCAGGUCAUACCCCUACAAUCUACCCUUCCCCUCAGGACUCACUGUGGCCCGUUUAGCACUGGGGGCGUCAGGUGCACAUGCUCCACCGAAGAGACAUCGAGGGCAAGUCUCUGGGUCUCAGACUGACCUCACCUCAACCAAACACCAACGGACGUAGAGAGACAGGGACUUGAAUUCAGU